UCGCAUACAGUUCUCGGCCUUUCCGUUUCGCAAGACAGGCCGCAAAAGGCAGCGAAGCACCAGCACGGACUAGAAUACGCAGAGUGAAGCACUGAACAUCUCAACGACGGCGAAAGGAAGAAGUCAUUAUGGAGCUCCCGAACCUUGGAAAGCACUGCACCGUUCCUCACUGCAAUCAGAAUGACUUCCUACCAUUGAAAUGCUUACAUUGUGAGGAGGUGUUUUGCCAACCACACUUCAACCCCAUCCCCGUCGACCCAUCAAAGUCCUCCACCCCAGAACGCGGGCACGUCUGCCCAGACCUUCCCCCCCAUCUCGCCGAUGCCCGGGCAGUGACCUGUCCAGUCUGCAACCGCAUAGUACCGACGAAACGAGGGGAAGAUCCAAAUACACGCGUCGAGGCGCAUAUCAAUGCAGGAUGUCCAGAGGAAGCGACUUCGACGGCUCCGGCGUAUUCGAAUGUCUGUUCGUUUAGAAGAUGUGGGAAAAAGGAGCUAUUACCAAUCAUGUGCUCGAGAUGCGGCAAAAAGUACUGCAUAAGUCAUCGAUCUGAGCUGUCGCAUGAUUGCAAAGGAAGUGCCCCGUCUUCCAGGGGCUCGUCGGCGUCAGGGAAACAACCGCAGCGGUCGGCGGCUGCCAUUAAGGCUGGGAAUGCAGCGCUAAACAGGUCGCAGCCGGCGAGGCGUAGUUCGAAGGUGUGUUGACCGCCGUCGUGAAACCGGAGCGAGAUGUUCUCCAAAAGCUGAUCGCAUGUAACCUUUUCAGAAUAGCGGCGACUGCGCGAUACAAUAGUUAAUGGCUCGAACGUGUGGCUAGACUGUUGCAAAAUCUCGAUUGGUAAUGGAAGUUUUAUGUACAUCGUAGACAUCGUAGCACAAUCAAUAUA